AUGACAACCAAUAAAUUUUCAUCUCUUAUAUUAUCUUUGUUGAUGGUAACUGCUCUCUUCCUUAUGCCUAUAAUUUCAGGACAAAUGGUGCCAUGUCUACCCGGGCCAUGUACAAACUCAGCAGCAUGCAAUUCAGCUUGCAAAUCUAAAGGAUACAAAGGAGGGGCUUGUGUUAAGAUGAAUGUUGGCGAAAAGAGUGGUGCUUGUUGCUGCAAACCUAAUUUUGAAUCUCAAGAUUCUUCCAUAUCUCAUGAUCCCAAUGUCCUCAUUCCUAAUUAA